CACCUAUGGUUAAAACGACUAAAACUUUUUUACGUGCAAUGGCCUUAUAGAAUUUACUUGUUAUUACUGAGGUGGAUCUGCAAAUAGUGCAUAUAAAUCACAGUUAGUCAAUUCUCAUUUUCCCGCCAUUCCGAGAAAAAUUCAGACCUAUCGAUCGAUGAGAAAUAUGGAUCCGCACUGCGUUGUUAUCGCGUCGCGACAACGUAGUUCAGCAUUGCUCGUCUGAGUGUUUGAUUUGUAAUUCAACAUAGAUUGGCAGAAAGAAUUGAACGUAGUGGCGGUGUGCACACCGUUCGCUGUGCAUACGAUCAAAUAUAAGUACAUAUUUAUAUCCUCGGGAAUUAUUGUGCGUGUCGGUGUUAUAAAAGGUAUAGAAGAAUCGUGAGAAGUAAACUAGAACAAGGCCAUUUUAUGUUGUCCUAGAAUCAACUAUUUUUUUGGUUCGCUAAUACGUUGAAGCACGUUAGCGUUGAACUUCAGUUGCUGCUCGCCCUGUGGUCAUGUCAUUAAAGAUUUUUCAUCAACCUCAAUGAAAUUUAGUUCAAUUUUGUUAUAACUUAAAUAAGUGUAAUGCAAAGUUUGGUAAUCCUAGGACUACAAAUCCAUGAAAUUCAGCAAAAAUUUCAAGGCAUUUACCUAACAAUUUCUUUCUUUAAACCUUUGUAUUUUAGCAAGCAGAAAUCAUUUUAACCUUAUAGUUGUACUCUACGAUAUUUUUUCUGGAAAUAGAUUUGUCGAAAAAUGUGCAUUUCUGUGUUUCAGAGUUAUAUAUGAAAAUAUUUGCAAUAUUUAUUGAAUUAAUAGAGAAGUUAAGGCAACUUCACAGGAACUCUUGUAUCGUGGCAAAUGUUUUCAUGGUAUGUUGGAAUCGCAUUAACAAAGUAGAAGAGGAAUCAGACAAUGAUGAUAAUUAUUGUUAUAUAUGUGGUGACAACAAAAAAUUAUAUGAUUGUAGUAACAAAAAUUGUUCCGCAGCAUUCUGUAAGAAAUGUAUAAAAAGGAAUGCAAGUCUAUCAUUACUGAAUGCAGAAAAGGAAAAUUGGAAAUGUUUCAUGUGUGAUUCUAAACCAUUUUGGGAGUUGAGAGCUGUAUGUGCUGCUGUAAUGGAUUCUCUUUCUAAAAAGAAUAACAGAAGAAGCAGCAGGAAGAUUGACAGACGUAUGUUUCCAUCUGAGAAGGAACGAUUAAAAAAACAGGGAAGAAUACAAAAGGUUUUAAGUAGUAUAUGCGAUGACUCGGGCAAUGAUUUGCCGGAAGAACAGAUUGUGAGAUCGACACGAAGAGUCAAGUCUGCAGUGUAUUUGACGGAUUCGUCUAGUGAAAGUUCAUCUACUCCAUGUUCGAAUAGGUCCACUUUACGUAAACAAAGACAAAACAGAGCAGAUCAGAAGGCGAAAGCUUCUGAUAGAUGGAAUUCCAAAAGUUCUUCAAGACAGAAAGUUUUGAGAUCAAACGUAAGAGAGAAAGACGCAUCACAUGGAAAGGAAAAGUUUGAUUCGGAUAAUGAUUCUAUCGAUACAUUGUCGAAUAAAUCAGCGAUCAAGACUGAUAAAAAACUAAAAAGCAAAAGAAACAGUCACAACUAUACUGAUUCUUCUGACAAUGAAUCUGAAAAUGUGGAUAAUAAGAGUCGAAGCAAAAAACGAUCUAGAAAAGUUGGUAUGUUGUGCAGUAGUAGUGAGGAAAGUAUAAAAUAUAAAAAACAGAAGUCGACUAGACGUAUCACUGUUAUUCAAAAGGAGAAUUCAGAUGCCAAUUCGAGUGAAGAAUUCCAAAAGGAGAAACUUCAGAAGGUGAAUGGCAAUAAAUUUUUGGCCAGACCGUUGGUAGAUUUAAAAAUGGAUUAUACACAUACACCCUCUCCGAAAAUAUUAGCAAGUAGAAUGAAAGAGAGCGAAUUAAAUAUCGAUAACAUUAAGGAAACGCUGAAGGAAUGUAAAGAGAUAUGCUCAAAUUUUCAAAUGUAUAUACAGUUUCUGGAACAACGGUACGGCAGAAAGGAUGCGGAUCAACUUUUAAUAAAGUCCACGGAAAAAAUAGAAAAAUUGUCAACAAUGUUACAAACGAAAAAUCAGAAAUUAACCACGUUUUAUGAAUCAUGGUCUAAAUCUAAAAAUAGAACAAAAGCUGUCGCGAAAAAAUCGCAGGAAAUAGUAAGCGAUGCUGAUGAAGAAACGUCGGAGGAAGAAACCUAUGUACGUAAAGAACGCUCAAUCAGCAAAGAUCAGCAUUCCGCCACCAGAAAAGAACAAGUAGAGAAGGACGUAUCGGAGUGCGACAGUGACGAGAUAUUUUCAGCAGACGAAAUGAGAUCGGCGAAAAAAGAGGGAAAAGAUAGUCAAAAUAGCGCCAAGACUGAUGCAAAUCAAACAUUAAUGGAUAACUCGAAGGAUAGUGAUGCAAAUGAUUCGCGUGAUGCAACCGCUUCUCCUGUAUUAGGUACUGCGAAAGAAAAAAAGACGAAUGAAGAACGAUCGAUCAAGAAGCAAUUAUUUUCGAAGUCUGUUAAUACAAGUGACAAUGAGGUACAAUCGACAGAUAACAAUUCGCGGAAUGAUGAGCAGGCGGAUGCGAACAUCGAUACUUCUGUCAACGAAACCGAGAUUGAAGAUUCUCCUUUUCGGGACGGUAGCAAAAAGAAAACGUCGGAUGAUAAUUCUAGGGAAAACAUAAUUAAUGAGUCCACGGAUAUGUUUGAUGCAUCUUCCGAUACUUCCAAGAAUGGGAUAGAGGAUCAAACGAAAGAACAAGAAAUACAUGAAAAAGCGAAGUCUGAUAUGACAAGAUCUUUGUCGAAAGUUGAUUCUUCAAAAAAAUCCAAAACUUUGUCUUGUCAGGAGACUGAAGUUUCGAGUAAAAGACUUAAAAUAUCACUUUCAUCCCAUAAUAGCGAAAACGAAAAGGAUUCGCCGAGUCGAGAUGAUCAAGACAAAGUAGAAUCCGCAUCUGCGAAUGAUGAAAAGGAAGGAAGGAAGGAAGAAAACAUUCAUGAUGCGGAAGGACCAAUCGUAAAUGAUACACCUAAGAAGGCAAAGUCCACCGCAGCGGACUCGAGCGAUACCGAAGCAGUGGCGAAGAAAACAUUACCGGAAUCCGAUUUCAGCGAAACGCAUUCCACAACAUUCUCCAACGAAGACGUAAACGCGGACAAUAUCGGAAAGAAAAGAGCAAAAAGUGAUGAUUCUGACAGCAAUACUAGUACGGUAAUCUUACCGAUUAAUCGGAAGAUGAAGGGUUCGGCGAAGAAUAGUUUUACUAAAGCUGAAACUCAGAUACUCGGAAGAGAAAACAGCGGUCAACCGGAUAACGAUAUCGUUUCUUCGAGCAAAGAAAAUGCCAAGAAAAAGCAAGCUGUUUUGGAACAAUCGAGUUCAGACAUUGAUAUUUUAUCGUCGUCGGAAUCGGAAGACGGAAAGAAUGAAUCGCGUCUCUGCAUCGAAAAUCUGAAAGCAAAACAGGCACUAUUGGCAUCGUCCUCUGAAGAAAACUCCGAUUCUGAGCCAGAGGCAGAUACAGCUCGCGUCGCACAAAACACAAAGCGUUCUAAGCGUAAUCACGAGCCUGAGGAUGACGGAGAUUUGUCAACGCCUUUGAAGAAAAAAAAGAAACUUCAGCUAAACAAAAAUUCUUACUACAGGAACGACGAAAAAUUAAGAAUGUCGUGCAAGGUGCACUUGAUGCCAUUGAACGAAAAGCUUCUCAGUCGUCAUUCAUAUGCGUUACGAAAGUCACGAGAAUAUCUGGAACAAAAGGCGUUUAAAAGUCUUGUUAAUCUGGAUAAUAUCGAAAAGAGACGCAACAGAAAGGAAAAAGAAUCCAAUACAGAUGACGAUGAUGAUGCGUUAUCAAAUAAACGGAAAAAUUCGAGUAAACGCAAGGAAAAGCAAGCCGAAGAGACUUUGAUGGAUCAUUUGAAAAGAAUAGAGAAUGAUGAUGCCUUGGCAAUCAAAGUGGAAAGAGCGGAUCUUAGUUCCGACGAAUCAGUUCAUCUUGAGAAAAUAAAAGAAAUAGGUGCGCCUGUAUCUAAUGAGACUCUGAUAUCAGAGGCAAAUAGAAUUGCGAAAGAGAAUCUAUUAAAUUCUUCUGAUUCAGAUGAAAAAGAAGUGGAAUUACUCGAUGAUAGCGAUGAUGGUACGCAUAAAGACGAUGAAAAUAAAAACACAGAAGAUAAAACGAAACGGAAGAAGACUGAAAAACAGGAAGAAAAGAAGGAUGAUGACAAGAAAGACAAAACUAGCAAAAAUUGGAGGAAAGAUAAGAUAUUGACAAUGAAAUUCUCUGACACUGAAUCCGAAGCCGAAAAGCAAAAAUGGAAUAAGAAACAAAAAGAAGUGGAACAGAAUAACAGCGAUUCCGACGAAGAUGACAAAGAACAAGAGAUAUCUAAGAAGAAGAGAAAGAAGAAAAAGACCAAGCGGAGAAUCUUGGAUUCCGAUUCGGACAUCAAACUGACGGACUGUAGUUCCGAAGAUUCAGAUAACACAUCCGAAGAUUCAGAUGAUAAACAGAAACGCAAACGUGGCGGUAAUAAUUCGUCGGAGGAAGAGAAACCGAAACCAAAGCGGAAACGAAUUAAGAAAAUGGCAUCCGACAGCGACAGUAGUGAUUGUAAAAUCGAGGUGAAUAAUUCGCAAGGAUCUACGCCCGGUAAAAGUGGUCGAAAAAACAUCCGAAAAGUUUGGAAAGACAAGCAAGUAGCGGAGGAUACUAAAUUGGCUGCCAAGGAAGAGGAGGAAAGGCUUAAACGUAUCGCUGAACGUCAAGCGCUGUAUAAUGAUAUGUAUGAGAUGAGACUCGCUGGAGAGGAGAAAGUGGAUAAGCUGGUCCUGGACUUUGAUACGGAAACGAAGAAAGAGCUCGUAAGCGUGCACGAGGGGUUGGUGAAACGUCUGAAACCGCAUCAAGCUCAAGGCAUAAAAUUCAUGUGGGACGCCUGCUACGAGUCUCUCGAGAGAGCGAAGACCACGUCUGGAUCCGGAUGUAUAAUCGCCCAUUGUAUGGGUCUGGGUAAGACGUUGCAAGUGAUCGCUCUGACGUACACCCUCCUCACUCAGGAGGAGCUGGGCGUUAAAACAGUAUUGAUAGUUUGCCCCUUGAGCACGGUGCUUAACUGGCGAAAUGAGUACAACUCGUGGCUGAAGGAUUUGGACGAUAUCGAAGUGUACGAGCUGACGAAGUUCAAAAAGAAUUUCGAGAGAAAAUAUCAGUUGCAAAGAUGGCAGAAAACCGGUGGCGUGAUGAUCCUCGGUUACGAAAUGUUCCGCAAUCUCACCAGGCCGAAUAAGAACAUUCGAAAGGGAAUGAGGGAAGCGAUAGAACAAUAUUUAGUGGAUCCAGGCGCGGAUCUUGUUGUCUGCGAUGAAGGUCACUUAUUGAAAAACGAGGAGUCCGCGAUAAGUAAGUGCAUGAGAAGAGUGAAGACUUUGAGACGCAUAGUGCUGACUGGGACACCGCUGCAAAAUAAUUUAAUAGAAUAUCACUGCAUGGUACAGUUUGUGAAGCCCAAUCUGUUGGGCACGAAGAAAGAGUUUUUGAACAGAUUUGUGAAUCCGAUACAGAACGGUCAGUUCGACGAUUCCACUACUUACGAUGUCAAAAUAAUGAAAAAGCGUGCGCAUGUGUUGCACAAGAUGUUGGAGGGCAGCGUACAGAGGUUCGAUUACUCUGUGCUCACACCAUUUUUACCGCCCAAGCAGGAGUAUGUGAUUUUCGUUCAACUGACGGACAUACAAAUUAAAAUGUACGAGUAUUACUUAGCCAAUCUCGCGAGAAACCGUAAACAGAACUCUGGUGGAGGAGGAACUCUUUUCGCGGAUUACCAGGCAUUGCAACGGAUCUGGACGCAUCCCAUGGUUUUGCGUUGGAACGCAGCGAAAAUAGAGAAGGCUAAUGAGAAAAAACUCACGAGCGAUUCGGAAGGUUCCUUGAGAGAUUUUAUUGAUGACGACACGUCUGAUGCAGGUGACAGCAGCAAUUCAAAUAGCGACAGUGAUGUUCAGGCUAUCGAUGAAGUUCCCAAGCGUAAAACGAGGAACAAUCCUGGCGAAGACGAGCCAGAGGAGGAGGUUAGAGAGGAGGCUCCGAUUUCAGAAGCGGAAUGGUGGACACAGUUUGUGCAACCGGAGCAUUUCGAGGACCUCCGGGUAUCCGCUAAAUUGUCGCUCGUCUUCGAAAUUGUAAAGGAAUGCGAACAGAUCGGUGAUAAACUGCUCAUAUUUUCGCAAUCUCUAUAUUCCCUCACUCUAAUCGAGGAGUUUCUCAGACGAAUAGAUGAUCAGACUCAGAAGGACACAUCGUUGAAGACACUGAACAGUCAUACCGGAAGCUGGUCUUUGGGCCUCGAUUACUUCCGACUGGACGGUCAGACGUCGGCCGAAAAUCGGAGUAUUUGGUGUAAAAUUUUCAACAAGCCCACCAAUACGAGGGCUAGGUUGUUUCUUAUAUCCACACGCGCUGGAGGAUUGGGCAUAAAUCUGACCGCGGCGAACAGAGUGAUUAUAUUCGAUGCCAGUUGGAAUCCCUCGCAUGAUGUACAGAGCAUAUUUCGAGUAUACAGAUUCGGCCAAAAGAAGCCGUGUUACGUGUAUCGAUUCCUCGCGGCGGGCACGAUGGAAGAGAAGAUCUACAAUCGUCAAGUCACAAAGCUCUCGCUCUCGUGCCGGGUCGUGGACGAGCAGCAAAUCGAUCGACAUUUCAGUACUUACGAGCUAAGCGAAUUGUAUAUGUUGGAGCCAUACAAGAGUGGCGAGGACAAGCCUACGCUGAAUUUGCCUAAAGACAGAUUGUUGGCGGACAUACUUUUAAGAUACAAGGAUGUCGUGGAAAAUUAUCACGAACACGAUUCUCUCUUGAAAAACCAGGCCGAAGAGGAAUUAGAUGAAGAGGAACGUAAACAGGCUUGGUUGGAAUAUGAAGAGGAGAAGAAGGGAAAACCGCCUAUAAACUCGUUUAAUUCGGCUCAUCAGAACUUCCUUCUACAGCAGUAUAUGAUGAACGCCGGCAUGAUGCAGCAAGGAAUUCAGUCCGAGUAUGAAACCAUCCAUGAAUUGUGCCGUGAACAAUAUCCUAAUGCAACACCGGAGCAAUUAAAGUUGAUGACAAAUCGUGCCGUAAUAGACACGUACAAUUAUUGGGAGAAACAAGCUGCGCUUAAGCAACCUAUGAGAAAUCCAAUGAAUAUGCAGCAGAACUAUCAACAAAAACAGAUGAUGCCACAUACAGCGGGCAACAUCAAUGCACAUCAACAAAUAUCACAACUGAAUCAACUGCUUGCAUCGGGAGGUUAUGUAAACGUUAAUAAAACGUACGAACGUGCGAACGUACAGCCGAAUGUAGCACAGAGGCCAGACCUAGUGACGAAUCCGUUUACAUAUCCAAAAGUUUCAACGGCUAACAAUUAUGUAGGCAAGGAAACGAUCGAUAUAAUUGAGAUACCCACUACAAGUAACGCGAGUACAUCAAACGCACAAGUAUCAGUACAAUCAACUGAUAAGAGUAAAGAUAAAGAAGAGUAGGUUUCCUAUAUAACUAAUUUAUUAUAGAGAGGAACGGUAUUAUCACUAAGUGAAAUAUAAAUCCAUAAGCUAUAAGCUGAAGUCACAUCACGUAUAAUUACACUACGUACAUUUUGAGCUGAUUUCUCGUAUAAUAUAAAAGAUAGUUAUAGCAUUAUAUUUUUAAGAUCAAUAUAUAGUUAAUUAAUUUUGUAUGCAUUAUACGAAUUGCAAAAUUUGCAUCUUUUAUUGUACAGGCAAUGUAAAAGUGAUAUGUAUCUAGGUAUACCAUAUACAGGAUGUUCCAAACUGAACGUAUCUCUCGUUAUAUAAAGUCGUUUCAAUAAUAAUACAGAAAUUAUAUCAAUAUCGAAGAGGUAAUGUUUGAGGAUAUUUUCAAUGCGCAACAAGUUUGGAUAUGCUUGUUGUUAAAAAUCUAAUUGAUAAACAGAUGUAAACACUUUUCCUUCAAGAAAUAUUAUAUGAACUCGACGUUCUAGUAUUAAAAUUUUCAUCUGCAAAGGCUCUCAGGAAUCUGCUAUUAAUAAUACGUUUCGUUUAGAAGACCCUGUAUAUCACUAUUUAAAAUCUUGGUAGGAAGUCUUUGUACUAGAGUAAGACACAUUUCGAAGAAGCCCAUAUGUACUGCAGAAUUUGUUAAUUUUGGUUGCAAUUAAUUAGAAUCAUUAAUUACAAUCAUCAUUUUUUAAAGGUAUUUUUUGUUAAAUAUGUUUAUAUUUUAAAUAUUACACAUAUCUUUGUAAGAAAUACCUUAUAAAUUUACGAUUUUUUUAAAUAAACGAACUAUAAUUGA